GCUAGCUAGAGGUUCCCCCGUAGCCAGCAGCCACCUCCAUCCAGGCGCAAAUCCUAGGAAAUCCGCCCAGGAAUCCCACCCGAACCAGGGCUGUAUCGCGGGGAGUGGUCGCCGCGGGGACCGGAUCGGCGCGGGCUGGAGAGGAGCGGAGCAGAUCGUGAGAUCUGCGGAAGGGUGAGGGGUUAGGAGGCGGAUCAGGAGCGGAGGGCGCCUGUUGUAGGUAUCGUAGAGUCGUAGGUUCAGGCGUGCCCUGGAUUCCAGUUUCCGAUUUUUUCCGAAAAAUUCUGGCAUUGAUCCACGGGAAGAGCAACAGGGCUCGGGGCACUAAGAAUCUUCUGCGUAGAUCUAGGAGAAGAGCAACAGACAUCAAGGCACCAAGAACAAAAGAGGAGAAGAACUUCUUGCAGAACUACAAGAUGCCUCAAGUGCGGACUGCCAGCAGGCCGGCGCUUGCCGGCCACUCUGGUGGUGGGUUCUUUAUCAGGAGGGUGGCAUCGCCGGGAAUUGUGGUGGCAAAGUGCACCAUCAAGCCGCUUGCUCGACAGGCCCGGACACCGUUGAGCAACAAGGAGAAUGUGCCACCAGCUGGGGCUGUGAAAGCUGCGCCAAAGAGGAGGACUCCCCUGCCUGAGUGGUACCCAAGGACCCCACUCCGUGACAUCACAUCUAUCAUAAAGGCUCUUGAGAGAAGAAAUCUACUACAGGAUGCUGCGGCUCGGCAGCAGAUCCAAUGGAUUGAAGAUUCUUCACAAUCAGUGGAUCCAACAACUCCAGUACAAGCAGAACAGAAUGAUCCUCAAAGCACACUACAAGCACAGGAAACACAGGUUGCUGCUGUCCCUGAUCCUGGCUCAACUUCAGUUGUUGCAAACCUCACAGCUUCUGUGACCGAGGGCAAGCCAGUGGCGUCUUCCUCUCCAUCUGACUGCUCCUUACAGACGGUUUCAUCCAAUCCAAAUGAUUCAGCUCUCCCUGAUCUAAUGGAGAAGAAACUGUCCAGAUCAAUAGAGAAGAUCGAAAAAAUGGUGAGCCAACGACUGAAGGAAACUCCGCAGGCCGCUCAGCCUUCCAAGGUGGCUGUCCAGAGGCGCACCCUGAUGUUCAUGCGAUGAGCUGAACCCUGCUCGGCACAGCAAGGGUUCUCUUCUAUCUGCUGCUUUCUUAGCAGGAUAGCAGCUAAGUUGAAGCACGAUUUUUGAAACGAACCACUAAUCGAAGCAUGGUGCCUUCCAGUUUUGCCUUUAGAGGGUGUGUUACUGGUUCUCUGCUUGAGGACCCUGGGGUAGGUGCGGUGUGUUCCUGGUUCUCUGCUCGAGGACCCUUAGAGGGUUGGGAGGGGCUCUAGCGCUUCAGGGCAUGAUUAUCUAUGGAUAAAUUUGCCAUUGUAAGCUUAGUGCAGUAAAACUUCAUUUGUGCGUCUUCUUCUCUACCUUCACCAGAAACGAACCUCUGUUGUACGUUUUUUUUAGUGAAA